AUGGUUCACGACAGAGGCCGUCUUCAGCCUGUUUUACGGGCUUCUGCUAGACGUUCCUUAGCAUCACCUGCAACUGUUGGUUCACCAAGUUCUAUAAUUGGUAGUCGUAAAGAAGUUGUAAUUAAUCAACUUCCUUUAAAGGAUAAGGAUGUUGUACUCGAUAUUAUGGAUACUAAAAAAUAUGAAGAAUUAAAAUUCGAUAUUAAACGUGUAGGAGGAAAUAUUGUUGAUUUCAUAUCUGAAGACAAACCGCCGUUCCUGGUAGUCUCUGAUCAUGCUAUCGCAUCAAAAUUAGAAGUUAAAAAACUAUAUGAUGGAGUUAAAAUAGAACCCGAGCUUCUGAGAAAACUUCCUCUCAUGCUUAAAGAUGCUGUGAGACAAAGGAUUCGAGUUAGGCAUGUGAAGUCUUUCACAACAUGUUUAGCGAGAGCUAAAGCUUUGGUAAAAUCAUCCAGAGCAUCAUUAGGACUUACCAAUGCACCAACCAAGGCUCCAAGACCUUCCUUGGUUGAUAAGCCAAGAUUGCUUCAAGAACCAUUUAUUAAAUAUGAAGACUCAACGGGUAUGUUCUCGCCCUCAUAUAAGGAGUUUCGAGCUAUACCUAAUAAUAAUUUCGCAACAAUAUAUUUGGGCAAAUACUUCGGACUUUCCUUGUUCCAUCAAUCCACUGCCGAACAACAGGAACGAAGGCAAAAAGAAUUAGAAAAUAAAGGAGCGGAAGAAUGUAAUUCUCAACCAAAGCCCGGCUAUAUUUCAAAACCUAGGAAAAAAGGAGGAUUCUGUGAAAUUUGCUCGAAAUCGUCCGAUAACCUUAGACUGCAUUUUUCUUCUAAAGAACAUCUUGCCAUCGUUAAUCAACCCGGUUUCUAUGACGAAGUAGAUACUCUUCUUGGUUCAUAUGUUGAACACAUAACGAUUCCACACACACGGACGUUAAAACGAAAAACGACACCAUUGUCGGUAUCGGUUAAGCACUGUUAA